UCUAUUUUUUUUUAUUUUCAGAUUGUUCAAAGAUACGAUAUUAUUCUAAUACAAGAAAUUAGAGACAAAUCAGGAAAAACCCCUGAACAACUUUUAAAAGCCAUUAACACAAACGGAUAUAGUUAUAGUAUGAAAUUAAGCGACAGGCUUGGACGAACACGCAGCAAAGAAAAUUAUGCAUUCUACUAUCGAAAUGACACCGGAAUAACUAUAGUUGACUCAUUUCACUACGACGAUGGUUCGGAGGAAAAGGGAGAAGAUACGUUUGAAAGAGAACCCUUCGUAGUAAAAUUUUCGAUCCCAAGUUUAUCUGUUACAGAAAUUGGUAUCAUUGGCCUUCAUGUUGACCCAGAUACUGUCGUUCGUGAACUUACUGCCUUAGCUGACGUUUUUAAAGCGGGACAAAAUAAAUUCAAAAUUGAUACUCUCAUUGCAAUGGGUGAUUUCAACGCUGGGUGCAGAUAUCUAUCAAAGAAAGAAGAGAAGUUAUUAUCUCUCAAAUCAGACGAAUACUUCUGGCCAAUAGAAUAUGGCACGGACACAACACUAGCAGCUACAGACUGCUCUUACGACAGAUUUAUUAUUGGUGGUGCAAAAUUAAUAGAGCUAGCAAAAUCUGGUGAUUCUUCGGUAUUUAAGUUUGACUCAAAAUACAAACUCAUAAAGGAGAAAUCGAUGAGUGUCAGUGACCAUUACCCAAUUGAACUCUUCCUUCCAACUAAAACCGUUGUCCCUCUUAGUACUACUGCUAUUACUACAGAAUCAUCUGGUGUUAAUCCUGUCAACUACAAGCUAAGCUACAGUAUCUUAUAUGGAGCAGUUCUGUUCAUAAUUUUACUGAAAAUGUUAAAUUAGAAACAUUGCUUACAUUACCAAUGCCAUUUACAAGGGAACGAGUGUCAAAACUCCACAUUUGCUGACCUCCAUGAAGAAUUCACCAAUUUUAUAAGCAAUUAUUUCAAAACAUUCUGUUAAACAUCAUUUCAUUAUAAUAUUAUUUUGGGGGUAAACUAAAUUUGUUGCACUGUUUAACACCACCACUAGGACCUCAAGGUGCCAUUAGCAGAAUCAAAACUAUUGCAAGGCUAACAUCUCCACUUGUUCCCAUCAGCCACAAAAACAAAAGACAAAAUGAACUCACUUGAAACUAGUGAUGGUACUAUUAUUAUUUAAAUUUGAUUUUUUUAGUGUUUUGACAUUUAUAUUAAGGUCUUUGCAUUUGAACAUUCCAUAAUCCUGAUCAACGAACUGUUCCUUUUCUUCAAGUUUCUUUAAGCACAAGGCUGCAUGUAGCGUGAAAGUUUUCUGCUUUUUUCUUCCUCAAGAUGCUGCAAGCGAGAAUUGUUAAUAAUUUCACCCAUUCUAAAAGUUACACACACAUUAAUCUUUAACAAGAAUAUUACAGAUUGUGAUUUUGAAGUUUUGGGCAGUUGGUCUUUGAUACAUUGAAGCUAAUCUUAGCUUUAUAUUGUCUCCUGUUGAGUUAAAAUCUUCCUUGCAUGUAUAGGUUUGAGUGGAAUGGUAAUUAUAUUUUAGGGUUGUUAUGGAGAAACUUUUAUUGAAUAAGUUGGGGCUAUCUUAUUGUAUGUAGAACUUUGUAAGCAGGUGUGAAUAUUUAGGUGUUUCCCUUUUGACAGGUAGGCAUAAGAUGUGAGUAGUUUUAGUUAUUUUUGGUUUAGAUAGAUUUAAUGUUUGUUUUGAUAACAUAAGGGUCAAAGUUUCAAAGUCUAGUUCAGUAUUUAAAAACUUAGUAAUUGGAUGUAUCAACUAUUUUGUAAGGGGACUUUUUAGGGUUCACAAAAGAAUAUAAGGUGGUAUGUUUUAGCAGGUCAGUUUCUUUACUUUUUAUUAUUUAGGGUAUUUCCUACUUUUACUUAGAAGGUGUGGGUUAUAGGACAGGCACGUCAUGAAGUUGUUAGUAUAGAAAUUUGUUUAUCUUGUACCUGAUGUUCACAAAAGGAAGUAGUAAAGAGUAAAGGUCUCUAUGUUUCUCUUUUGAUGUUCAUUGUUAAACAAGCAAUUUCAUUAGUAUGUAGAAAUUUUAAAUCUUGUUUUUUUAUGGAGGUAGAAUUUGUGGGCUGUGUGUUUAUAUUUCUUCUAUUCAGUUUUUUCAAACGGGAGUAUUUUAUAACAUAUCAUUUUAAGCCUCUGAAUAUAUGCAAAAGUGGGGCAUUAUAAAAGGUGUAUACAGUAUCAUGCAAAAGUCUUCGGCUACUUUAAAGUAUUAUAAACUUUUACUAGUUGCCAGCUUAUAAGUGGAUGUUUCACAUUGUGUUUUUACAGAUGAAACAUUGGCCCUGUUGGAGUCAUUUCUAUACCUAAUCAUUAUAUCUUGUGGUAUGGGUUCUGAAUGAGAGGGGAAGAUUCUAGAUGACCACCAAAUAUGGCAGUGCAAAGGUUUUUGGCCACCUCACAUAAACCAAUCAAAAUACAGUGUUCUAAAACAAAAAAAAUGUCUAUAAUGAAAAUUUAUUACAUUAUGUUCAUUUCAAGAAGUUAC